AUGGCGGAGUGGCGACAGUGCGGGCGCUGGCUGAUCGACUGCAAGGUGCUGCCCGCCAACCACCGCGUGGUCUGGCCCUCGGCCGUGGUCUUCGAGCUGGCGCAGGCGCUGCGGGACGGCGUGCUGCUCUGCCAGCUGCUGCACAACCUCUCGCCCGGCUCCGUCGACCUCAAGGACAUCAACUUCCGUCCGCAAAUGUCGCAGUUCCUUUGCCUGAAGAACAUCCGGACGUUCCUCAAAGUGUGUCACGACAAGUUCGGCCUCCGGAACAGCGAACUCUUCGACCCCUUCGACCUCUUUGAUGUGCGGGACUUCGGAAAAGUCAUCUCAGCUGUUUCCAGACUUUCUCACCACAGCAUCGCUCAGAACAAGGGCAUCAGGCCCUUCCCUUCAGAGGAGACCACUGACAAUGAGGACGAUGUCUACCGCAGUUUGGAAGAACUGGCGGAUGAGCAUGAUUUGGGAGAGGACAUUUACGAUUGUGUCCCGUGUGAAGAUGAAGGAGACGACAUCUACGAAGACAUCAUCAAAGUGGAGGUGCAGCAGCCCAUGAUCCGGUAUAUGCAGAAAAUGGGCAUGACAGAAGAUGACAAGAGGAACUGCUGCUUGGUAGAAAUCCAAGAAACCGAAGCCAAGUACUACAAGACCUUGGAGGAGAUCGAGAAGAACUACAUGAAUCCAUUAAGGCUGAUCUUGACUCCACAAGACAUGGAAGCCAUAUUCAUCAACUUGGAGGACCUUAUUAAAGUGCACUUCAACUUUCUCAGAUCCAUUGAUGUCUCCAUGAUGUCUGGUGGAAGCACCUUGGCCAAAGUUUUUCUUGAAUUCAAAGAAAGGCUUCUGAUCUAUGGCGAGUACUGCAGCUGGAUGGAGCACGCCCAGAGCACCCUGAACCAUCUCCUGGCCAACCGAGAGGAUGUCCGGCAAAAAGUUGAGGAAUGUACUCUGAAGGUCCAGGAGGGGAAGUUCAAGCUCCAGGACCUGCUGGUGGUGCCGAUGCAGAGAGUCCUGAAAUAUCACCUUCUGCUCAAAGAGCUGCUCAGCCACUCAUCCGACCGGCCAGAGAAGCAGCAGCUGAAGGAAGCAUUGGAGGCCAUGCAGGACUUGGCCAUGUUCAUCAAUGAAGUCAAACGGGACAAAGAAACACUGAAGAAAAUAAGUGAAUUUCAGAGUUCCAUAGAAAACCUGCCGGUGAAGCUGGAAGAAUACGGGCGGCCAAAGAUUGAUGGGGAACUGAAGGUCCGGUCCAUCAUCAACCACACAAAGCAAGACCGGUAUUUGUUUUUGUUUGAUAAAGUGGUGAUUGUCUGCAAGAGAAAAGGCUACAGCUACGAGCAAAGAGAUAUCCUUGAGCUGCUCUGUUACAAGAUGACCGAUGACCCCACCAACAACAAAGAUAUCAAGAAGUCGCAUGGAAAAAUGUGGUCUUACGGCUUCUACCUCACUCACCUUCAAGGCAAACAGGGAUUCCAGUUUUUCUGCAAGACGGAAGAGAUGAAACGGAAGUGGAUGGAACAGUUUGAAAUGGCCAUAUCCAACAUUAAGCCCGAGAAAGCCACGGCAAACAACCACCAGUUCCAGAUGUUCACCUUUGACAAGACCACCAACUGCAAAGCCUGCAAGAUGUUUUUAAGGGGGACCUUCUACCAAGGCUACCAGUGUCUGAAGUGCAAGGCGGGUGCCCACAAGGAGUGCCUGGAGGUCAUCCCACCCUGCAAAUUCAGUUCUCCUGCUGAGCAGGUAAGCAGUGCAGCUGCCCCUGUUGUUCCUGGCUUCUUUCCAGGUCCUAAAAUGGUGGCCCUCCAGAAUUACCAUGGCAACCCAGCUCCACCAGGGAAACCCGUGUUAACUUUCCAAAUGGGUGAAGUGAUUGAGCUGCUCCGAGGGGAACCGGACUCCCAGUGGUGGGAGGGGAGACUCGUCGUGUCCAAGAAAUCUGGCUAUUUCCCCAGCUCGUUGGUCAAGCCUUGCCCAGUGGACGCGCGGCCUCCCAACAGCCGCCCUCCUUCACGAGAGAUGGACUAUUCCAUAUACCCCUGGUUUGCAGGCAACAUGGAGAGGCAGCAGACAGACAACCUCCUGAAGCAGCAUGCCAGUGGGACCUACCUGAUCCGAGAGAGGCCAGCAGAGGCCGAGCGUUUUGCCAUCAGCAUCAAGUUUAAUGAUGAAGUCAAGCAUAUUAAAGUUGUUGAAAAAGAUAACUGGAUCCACAUCACAGAAGCAAAAAAAUUUGAAAGCCUCUUGGAGCUGGUGGAAUACUACCAAGGCCAUUCCCUGAAGGAGAGCUUCAAACAGCUGGACACAACAUUGAAGUAUCCAUACAAAUCCCGGGAACGCUCUGCCUCAAGAACCUUAGCUCGAUCACCGGCUGCCUGCGCUUCCUACAAUUUUUCCUUUCUCAGUCCUCAGGGCCACCACUUCACUUCUCAGAAUCCCUCCACUCCUUUUUGGUCAGUCUUCACUCCUCGGGCCAUCGGGACUGCAGUGGCGAGGUACAACUUUGCUGCCCGGGACAUGCGGGAGCUCUCCCUGCAGGAAGGGGACGUGGUGAAGAUCUACAGCCGGAUCGGCGGGGAUCAAGGCUGGUGGAAGGGAGAGGCCAAUGGCCGAAUCGGCUGGUUCCCUUCGACCUAUGUGGAGGAGGAGGGGGUGCAGUGA